AUGAAGAACCGUGUCGAAACGAAGCUGACGUCGGUGUCGGAUAGUUGUCCAAGGUGCGGCAACUGGGACGAUCGCUCGGAAAUUCAAUUAAUGAAUGACCGUGUCAAGAAGAACUCCAAGGAGAAAAAAUUCCUCGCAAAAAGAUGGAUCGGAUCGUUUCGGAGGUUGCGAAGUCGACUCGGUCCAAAAGGAAAUAUCGCUAGGCGAUGGGGGUGGAGAGGGGGGCAACAAGGUCUGUCUGCCUACGCAACGGGUCUUGGAAGAAACCAAAUAAAGGUGUCCUUUGACCGGCGGGUACUGCAGAGGAGGAGAGAGUCGUCUUCUGAAGGACCUUUUUCUCCAUUCACUCGCCCGCCCUCGCCCUCUCGCCCUCGCCCUCUCGCCCUCGCCCUCACCUUCCAGGUACAGACGAAAGUCUAUUGCCAAAUCAGUGAUGAAGCCAUCUUGGUCUCCAUUUGCGAGGUGAAGCACCCGCGCUCCCUCCCGAGUCCCAACCUCUACGGGUAUCCAUACCCCAGUGAAGAAGGCCCCGACCCAUCCUUUUUUGGCGGGAUGACAGUGCGUGGAUUCCAUUCGUGGAAGGGCCCUCUGAUUUCAAUUAUCUUUCCAUCCAUCACUUGCCUAUCGCUCUCUCAGUCUGGCGGCAUAACCCUCUUGGUCGGUCAGCUUACACAGGCAGCCAAAGCAUUAUUCAUCACCAAAUUCACCAUGGUCGAGAGAUUUUGCAAUAUACAGAAUCGAAAAAAAGUGAAAGAAACGGUUGAAUAUCAUAUCCGUGAUAUCAAGGUCGCAUCUCCAUAUCAACAUCUCGCCCUAAUCAUGAUAUCAUCCCAAGAUAGCUUCGCGUUGUGCCCUGUGACUGUCGUCCCUCCGACGCGCCGGGUGUUGGGUCUGAUUACUUGCAUGCCUUUCCCCAACUUCCGGUUCUACCUGGGCCGGACUCAAACCACGGAAGGGCACGCACCACGUCAAUUCCAGGUUAUUUCCUCAGGUUGUCCUCACUCGCCGGCUAGGCUUGGAUACGACACGGAGGAGUUACAGUGCCACAGUGCCACAGUGGUAGCAGAUGUGGUUAUUCAUGGAGAUGCUGGGGGCCAGACCCUUUCCUGUCCUGCCCACUCCACCUCCAUCGGCAUAGGGGCCUCUCGCAGCAACGUCCAAUCGACCAACCUGCCUGCCUCAGAGUCGCUGUACAAGUCAUCCUUUGCAUGCCAACGGGUGGAGUCGAAUAGCCCCUCCCGCCACAUUCUUGGGAAGGUCAAAAGUCUUUCGAGUUUCCACGGCUGGAAAUUGGAGAAAAGGGUGUUGAGUGAAAAUGUCAUUAUCAGAUGCCUGGGUCGGUUGAUAGGCUCCCAGACAGCCGAACAACCAAGGUUCCUGACGGAGAUGGCUCGACCCUCCAGUUGGGCUCCUUCCAGCAAGAUGAGAGGUGUCCCGUUUGCUGGCCAUCGGGGGGUUCCCAUGCCAAACUCGCACUUGGCUGGGCCUCCCGCUUUGAAAUGGAUUUCAGGCGUUCAGACCCAACCCAACUCUGGCGCCUGCCGUGACGGUACCGGCUGUACAUAUAGCAAAACACACAUAUAUGCAAUACUCGCGAACACGGUCAACGCGAUCUCUGGCCCUCUCUCUUUAUCCCACUCUUCCUAUCAAAAGGCGCAAUAUGACCCUGGUCUCCCGAAUAAGGAGCCAGAACACAAGAGACGAGCAAGGCUGGACAAGGGCCACCCCAAACAUCCCUACCCUGCCCGAGCUCAUACCCCUGCAGUUUCCCUGGCAGACAACGGCACAUUUUACUCGUCUUAUUCGUGUAAACAGCACGGCACGUGCGGCAGAAUCCAACACCACUCCAAACGAGGCGAACGUUCCCGCUCCCCCCGGAAACCCAGCCAACCAGUCACUUCGUUUUCAUUCGGUGGCAUCGCCUCCGGUGUCUUAAGUCCGAUGAAUGAGAAGCUGCUGUUGCGCACAGCUGUCCGCAGCAGUCACGAUAAUUCGCAAGUCAGCUCACUACAGCAUCGCUUUGGCCCUCCUCUGCACCGUCAGGCGGAUCGGCAUCUCUUUUCCCAUCAAUCACCCAUCGCAUGCGUCAACGCGCAAAGCAGCGCGGGUACCGGGUAUGGGCUAAAUGGCAAUGCGCAUCGCUCGGUGGGAUUAGAUGACAUGGGCUCGAUGGGAUAUCCGGGGGCCCAAAAUGUGCCCUUGUCGGUCUCAAUGCCCCCGUCAAUGUCGUACAAGAGAACACCAGCUUUACACCAAGUUUUAUUGGGCCACCAACGCCGAGAGAACAGGCGAAGCAGACUUCCUUAUUGCUUGCUUCUCACACUACUAGCCACAAGGAAUAAGCAAACCACUUUGCGGUAUGCCUCCGUGCACGAAAUCGGCACUGAGGCCUCAUUCCUCCCUUUAAUUGAUUGCAUGGCGUGGCGUGGCGCGAGCAUGGGUGCGCGUCGUGUCAUCGACCUUGAGUUUUCUCUCACCCGACCCUUUUGCCUACUCCCAUGGCCUUCAGACAAACUGCAUUCAGUACAAACACCUGCAACACGGCAGCCAGCUUUGGACGUCAGACAAGACAGCAGAAAAGGGGGGGGCGCCGUCGCCGCGGCUUGUAAGCCGUCCUUACCGUACAGGCCUAAGGCGAACGAAGACAAGCCUCCCCCAGUGCCUGAAUGUUGCCCAAUAUCCGAAUUUCCAAUUUACAAGCUUCCGUCACCCGUGGAAGAAAAGUCUGCUCUUCCCCCGAGUUGCAAAUGGACUCUUUUCGGUCUCUACGACCCAAGAUGGGGGCAGCGCGAGCGCGCUAACGGACGGGAGGACUAUGUUAGGGGUGGUCAGUCACCCAGUCCAGUCAUUCUCCUUUCUCUGGGCUUCAUCUUCCUCUCUCUGACUUUUCCCCUUCCCAUGCUUGGCCAACCUCGCCUCGCUGCCAAACCCAGUGGCCAAGUCUCGAGCCAUCAUGCAGUCACUCCCAUGAAGAAAAACAGUCAAAAUAACACGACAAAUCCCCGAUUCUUUCUGCCCCUCCGUCCGAACGCCUAUGCCCAAUCAGAUUGCAAAGACUCAAUAUCAAGAUGCCCGUUUGCGCCGUUACCGUCUGCCGCCGCCAGCGACUUGCAUGUAUGGUACUACGCAUCUGCUCUACCAGCGCCGCAGUGGUUGUCGUCACCGUACAUGAUAAGAAGUCGGCCAGAGCCGUUUGAUCGCCGUCCUUUCAACUUCAAACAUUCUACCCGUCCUUCUAGAAUAGCCAUUGUCGUUAUCAUUGAAGGAGCUAGGGGGAAAGGUAGCACGGAGUUGCUUCAAACGUCUUCCUCGUCAAGGUCCUUCGCCUGUUUGCAGUUGGGUCUACCCAUCCCAGAUUCGUAA